UUUUAGAUUUAGUUCAACUUACCGUGAUACUAACGUUUCAACGAUGGUCGAUAAUUCACAUAACAGUUCAAAUGUGCAGACCAGUUCGAAUUCAAGAUUGAAUUAUGUACAUUUGAUGCAGUUUAAUGCAUGCUAUGAAGCAAUGCCAACAAGCUCAAAAAUGGUUGUUUUCGAUACCAAACUUCUGCUCAAGAAAGCAUUUAAUGGACUUAUUUAUCAAAAUACACGGCAUGUAUUGCUAUCGGAUUCGGCGAAGAAUAAUGCAAUCGUUGGCAUAUUAUCCGUAACAGAUUUUAUCCGAGUCCUCUUGUUACUACACAAGAUGAAAAACGAAAGGAAAGAUAAGCAAAAAGGACCCGUAUGCGACGAUGAUAAAAAUUCGCUAACAAUUAAAACAGGUGUAGAUAGAAAUACCAACUUAGAAUUGAAUGAUAAUGUAACGCAAUCGGAAAUGUCUGAUGUGGAGAAGCAACAGAUCAAUACUGCGGAUGAUGAAUGUCAGAAUAAAAAGGAAGUAAAAGAAGAGGUGACGGACGCUGUAAUAAAUACACUGAACGAGGACAUCGGAACUCUUACCAUAUCCGAAUAUCGAGAUUUAGUUUGCCGUGAGGGAAAGUUAAUGGAUCUUGUAUCAAUAACUGCGGAAGAAAGUUUACUGAAAGCGGCUUUUUUACUCAGUAAACAGCGUAUACACCGUUUGCCAGUGUUGGAUCCGAACGAUGGAAGUCCAUUGUUCAUUUUGACCCAUAAACGGAUUCUCAAAUUUUUAUGGCUUUUCGGUCAGUCACUUCAUGUUCCCAGUUAUCAUAAUAAAACCUGUAAAGAACUUGGUGUUGGCACAUAUGAUGGCAUACGUGUGGUCUAUCCGGAUACAUCCUUAAUUUUAUGUCUUGAUAUAUUGCUAAAUAAGGGUGUCAGUGGCGUCCCGGUUGUGGAGCGUAAAACAUUUCGAGUUGUGGAUAUGUAUUCACGAUUCGAUGCGAUUGGUGUGGCGUUGGAGGACAAAAUUGAUGAGCUUGAUGUUACGGUACAGGAAGCUCUAGCUUUCCGGAAUACUUUCAGGCUUGAAAAAGAUCGUGUCGUUUCGAUAUCAGUAGAUGAUUCAUUGUGGACGGCGAUUACAGUACUUGUUGAAAGGAAUGUUCAUCGACUUUGUGUUUUAAAGGACAAUGGCGCUAUUGAGGGUUUGAUCUCUUUAUCCGAUAUAAUGAAUUUUUUGGUUGUUAACGUAGCCGAAUUGCAAACGGAAAAUCUCCAUUAUCAUUCUCGUUUCAGUCAGCAUUCACAGCACAGCUCAUUGGGCAUACUCCCAGAAGGACUCGAAUCGACAAAUGAUCUUUCGGAGAAAAUGGAUGGUGAAGCUGAAAAUUCAUCAGGAAGACAACAUGGUGCUGGCGAACUUCAUCAAAAGUUCCGCACAAUUUCGAUGAACUGACCGUUUGCCUCUUGCUUGUGUUGGUUGAAAAAGUGUUUAAUUGAAUUUUUUUCUGUAAAUAUUAUGCCCUAUUCGCUUCUAUAACAUAGUUUUAGUAAUAUUUGAUCCGGGAACAUGGGAACGUCGUCACCAUUCAUCGAGUAAUGCUGACUGUUACGAUCAUUAAGCCAAUUUCAUAAUUUAAUGACUAUUGUAGAGUCAUCAUUUCACUCUUUCUAACAACAAUUGUCUUAAUAUGUUUGAAACUUCCUGGAUACAUAUAUUGCUAGCAUUGAUUAAUCCCCACUAUUUGAUAUAGGGACGAGAUUGUAUU